UUUAAACUCUUCGUUUUCUUCGAAUUUAUGAUUUAUGAAGAUUCGCUGAUUUAAUUGUUGAAUUGUUGGUGAUUUAAUGUUCUUCGUUUUAGUUGUUAAUUUGAUGAAAAUCUGGUGGGUUCACAAAAUGCAAUUAAAAUAAAAAUCUACAACUAAGUCGAAAUCCUUCUUCAUGAUAUGGGGAAAACCCUAUGUUAAACUGAUUCAGGUCAUUUUAGGGUUUGAUUUGUUGUUUUUGAUGUUAUUUAGGUCGAUCUUGUUGAAUUUGUGGUCAAAUGGUUUGGGUUCUUGGAUUUCUUAUCUUUUUGGAGGAGAUAGUUUUCAUCCAGUGUGACUAUGGGCAGUCAUGUGGUGGUAAGGCCGUAAGGGUGGGAAAGGUCCGAAGGGGGAAGAUGAGAAGGAGAUAGACGGGAGAGAUGAGAAGGAGAUAGACGGGAGAGAUGAGAAGGAGAUAGACGGGAGAGAUACACGAAAGAGGAGGGAGAGUGUAGGGUAAGGGGUGUUGUGUCGAUUGAUAUGGGCUUGCAGAAGGUGUUUUAGGAGGGAUACCAACAAAAUUAUACACAACCAAACCAUCAUAGCAUAGCCAACAGUACACUGAAUCAUUGAUUAGUAGUUUCAUUGUUCACGGAGAAAAUUUCAAAGCUAACCGUGGAAUAGCAAUGCUGCAGCAUAUUCUAGAUGCGUUUGUUAUGUGAAUCCACUGUGAAAGAUGUCCUUCACCUUUUUGUUUGGAAUGGAAUGUGAGACCAAACCAGAGUAAAAUUUAAACACAUUAAUUAGUCACAGUGCAACAGGCCUUCCAUGGCUACUAGCUAAAGGACUUGACACGUUUACCUCUAUCAGUGAAAUGAUUCCUGUAUCUGCAGUGCCUGAUCCUCAUAACUUGGAGCCGUGGUUGGAUGUUGAUGGAGAAUCGAAGCAGAAAGGAUCAACAAAAGACAUAAUAUUCAAAAUCCCAUUCCUGAUUAGCCAUAUCAGUUCUUUCAUGACACUUAUGGAAGGAGAUGUCAUCCUAACAGGUACGAGCUUGGUUUUCUUGAUUUUACACAAAAAUCUCAAACGAAGGAGAACGAAAACUACGGAGAAGAAGAACUCGCCGAUCUCUACUAGGUUUUUGGCUGCUGUUGAGGCCGUUUUGGUGCUGGUUGUAGCCUACUCAGCUUCUCCAGGUGCUGCUGCAGGAGUGUUGGAUGUGGGCUGUAUUCCUGAUCUGCAGUAUGUUCUGCAGGGAGUGGGCUGGGGUGUGUGCAGUCAAGCAGUUAGGCCUGAUACAUUGUUUUUCGCUUUUGUAGUGUUUGGUUGUUAAGGAGUGGUCUGUACUCCUUUAACCUUUUAUGGUGUUUCUUGUUUGGAUUCUUGGUUCCUACCUUUUGGUAAUAAAUUUUGCUAAUUUACCAAAAAAAAAAGCAUUAUUACUGUAGU